CAAAUGUACACGUAAUUGCAAGGCCACUUACAUAGGCAUGAGAGAGCGCCAGUUGCGGGUGAGAAUCGCAGAGCAUAUCCUAACAUGGGUCAAGCAUCACAUUUCGAUCCUAGCCCCGUCCAUCACCCAACCUGUGCAGCCAAGGAAUGCAAGUGGUCAACCUUUUAAGACGCCUGUGUCAUCCAUCGCCCGACAUCACCUGACCGACAAACAUUGUGUUGACCCCACGCGUAAGUGCAGUGUGAUCUACGCACCAAACAACACUCAUGUGCUGCGAUACGCUGGGGCAGUCGCAAUCAAACAGCUUGAACCUAGUCUGGGUGUGCAGAAGGACGCCUUCGUCACACUGGCUCUAUCCUGGUAGUAAGCCAGCUGAUGAAUUGACAAAGACGUGUGUGCGCGCAUGUGUGUGGUUGUACGUAUGUU